AUAGGUAUAAGCAAUAGAGGCCGUUCCAGAACUGCGCUGAUCUAUGUACGUGCACAGGGAGACUCAGUCAGCUGUCUUUUAGCAAAGCACUGAACUGAUAUAGAGAAUGGAGCAAGCAUAGUCUUGGGUGCAGCAAUCGGUCCUUAAUGCAUUUUACCAUUGAACCAUGGCUUCCUCAGAUGCUACCACCAUGACAUUCAAUGGAAAUUGGAAAGUUGAUAGGAGUGAAAACUAUGAGAAAUUUAUGGAAGUUAUGGGAGUGAAUGUAAUGAAAAGAAAACUGGCUACACAUGACAACCUGAAGAUCACAAUCCAGCAAGAUGGGGACAAGUUCAGUGUGAAGGAAACCAGCACAUUCAGAAGCAUUGAAAUCAACUUUACCCUCGGUGUCACAUUUGAGUAUUCUCUUGCUGAUGGAACUGAACUUUCUGGAGCAUGGACUUUAGAGGGAGAUAAGCUUGUAGGAACCUUUGCCAGAAAAGACAACGGAAAAAUACUCAAGACAAACAGAGUAAUUAUUGGUGAAGAACUUGUCCAGACAUACGUCUAUGAGGACACUGAAGCCAAGAGGAUAUUUAAGAGGGCCUAAGUAUUGUUCCCAAACAAGAAGAACUGCUGCUUAGUUACUGACACAUCAGCUUUACUAAUAAUUAGUUAACAAAAGUUUAUACGUAUAACUACAAAAAAAGCAUGUUAGCUUUUUAUUCAUUGUAUAUAUUAGAGAUAACUGAGUUUAUCUAUUAAAAAAGUCCUUAGUGUUAUUUUUGGCAAUAAAAAUAACUUGUUCAAAA